AUGUGGCUAGACCGCAUUGCUGGCCAUUCGACUCCCUCAGGCCCUCAGAUUGACAGUCGCAGCAACACACCUCUCCCCCGACGAACAUCCUCUCGCUUAUCGCCGAACAUCCAGAACAAUCGUCCCGGUACCAGUCGACAAGCAUCCUCCCUAUCCGUCCUCCUGACACCCAGUGAUUCGACCACCUCCCUGCCCGCAACCGCACGCGAUAACAGAUCGCCGCUGAGACAAAUCGCUGCAAAGUCCCGUCCAUCCGAUGUCGCUGACCCCCUCGAUGUUCUGAAUGGCAUCCUUGGGAAGCAAAAUGCCGAUCGGGAUGCAUCUCCUGACGCUGAUCUUAACGCCAAGCCAGCGGAUCUUGUGGAGGACAUUGACUUUCAAGGAUUGAGCUUGGAGGAGUUCAUUGCCAAAGACGAUGCACCAAGAAGGAUAACUAGCACCGAGGCUGGCGCUCAGACUGUUCAGCUGUUUGAAAAUGAGCAAAACAAGUUUCAGGAUCUUCAUUCGGCCAUUACCAGCUGCGAUGAAGUUUCGAGCUCGAUGGAGACAUAUCUGAAUGAUUUCCAAAACGAACUUGGGGCUGUGUCGGCAGAGAUCGAGAGCCUGCAGUCUCGAUCAAUUCAGUUGACGGCAAUGUUGGAAAAUCGCCGCAACGUUGAGCGACUCCUUGGGCCCGCCGUGGAAGAGAUCAGUAUCUCGCCCAAAACGGUGAGGUUAAUUGCGGAGGGACCGAUCGAUGAGAAUUGGGUCAAGGCCUUGAAUGAGAUGGAAGCCCGGACGGCAAGCAUUGAAGCCAAAGAUUCGGGCUCUAGCAGCACCAAAUCUAUCGAGGACGUACGGCCGCUUCUCAAGGACAUCCAAAAUAAGGCAGUGGAGAGGAUCAGGGACUACCUGGUAUCUCAAAUCAGAGCGCUCCGAUCUCCUAACAUCAAUGCUCAGAUCCUUCAGCAGCAGCGGCUGGUGAAAUUCAAAGAUCUAUACAGCUAUAUCUCCCGAGCCCACCCGGAGCUUACGGGACAAAUCACACAGGCUUAUAUCAACACGAUGCGGUGGUACUAUCUAUCGCACUUUACGCGAUACCGUCAAGCGCUCGAUUCAAUAAAGGUCUUCCCCAGUGAUCGGAAUGAGGUUCUAGGAGGAGAUCCGUCAGCCCACAAAACAGGCUCUACUGUUGCGGGCGGUCGUGCAGGGUCUGCGGCACACGACCCGUUCUCCCUAGGAAGAAGAGUGGAUAUUUUGCGGGCUGGUGCUCAAAUAGCCAUUUCUUCUUACCUAGCGGAGGAGGACAAUUCCUUCCAUGGACUCGAAGUUCCAUUCCGCAAUUUCAACCUUGCCGUUGUGGAUAACGUGUCGGCCGAAUAUUCUUUCAUGACUGAGAUGUUCUCGACCUUAUCCUUCCAGCAGAUUUCGCGCAAGGCUGUAGAGAUCUUCGAACCGGUUUUCAGCCUGGGACAAGCUUUGACGAAGCAAUUGAUUGAACACACCACGGAUGCGCUGGGUAUUUUGAUUUGCGUCCGGUUGAGUCAGCAUGCCGCCUUUGAGCUGCAGCGUCGCAAAGUUCCCGUCGCGGACUCGUAUAUCAAUGGAACAAACAUGCAGCUAUGGCCUCGGUUUCAGGUGAUCAUGGACACUCAGUGUGAAUCCCUGAAGCGGGUGGCCGCGAAUACGGGUCGCAGCGCGGUGUCCGCCCUGUCCUUGGCCGGGGGCGACGAUCUGAACAAGUCGUCGGCGCCCCAUUUUCUCACGCAACGAUUUGGCCAGCUUCUGCACGGGAUCUUGGUUCUGAGUAGUGAUGCAGGAGACGAUGAACCCGUCGCCAACAGCUUGAAGCGCUUGACAGCGGAGUUUGACAAUCUUCUAACGAAGCUCAGCCGUAUAGGCGGCGAUUCCAAGAGACGAGAAAGGUUCCUAUACAACAACUACUCGCUUGUUUUGGCUAUAAUUAGUGAUACCCAUGGUAAAUUAGCAACCGAGCAGAAACAGGUCAUAGGCGGUGGAGUAGUCGGACUCGCCGUUGCGCGCGAAUUGGCCGGGCGCGAGGGGACGUCGACUAUUUUACUCGAACGACAUGACGCUCCUGGGACGGAGACGAGUAGUCGGAAUUCUGAGGUCAUCCAUGCAGGACUUUACUACGGCACCGACACCCUCAAAGCGAAACUCUGCAUCCAAGGUCGGGAGAUGCUCUACGACCUCCUGCGCCGCCAGGGGAUCCCCCACCGCAACACGGGGAAGUGGUUGGUAGCGCAGGACGAGGAGGAAUGGGCGUCGCUGGAACGGAUGCACGCGCACGCGCAGAGCAUUGGGGUGCCGACGCGGAUUCUGUCGCGGGAGGAGAUCGAGCGCCGGGAGCCCGAGGUGCGGGCGCAGGCGGGGGUGCUCGAGAGCCCGACGACGGGCAUCCUCGACAGCCACGCGCUGCUCACCUACCUGCAGGGGGACUUUGAGCACCGGGGCGGCGACUGUGCGUUUCUGACGCGGGUGACGGGCCUCCGGUAUGUGGGGGGCUGCUACGAGAUCACGGCCGUGUCGGCUGACGGGGCAGAGACCACCAUCACGGCGGAGACGGUGGUGAACAGCGCGGGGCUCGCUGCGUGUGAGGUCAACAACAUGCUGCUGCCCCCCGAGCGGCACCGCACCAUGUACUACGCUAAGGGCACCUAUCUCUCGUACUCGGCCUCGUUUCCCAAGACCUCCGUGCUGGUGUACCCCGCCGUCACCAAGUCGCAGGCCGGCUUGGGCAUCCAUCUGACGCUGGACAUGGGUGGGCAGAUCCGUUUCGGCCCCGAUGCCGAGUGGGUGGACAGUCCGGAUGACCUGGCGCCCAAUCCGGAGCGUCUGCAGCCGGCCCUGCCGCUUAUCAAGCGGUAUCUGCCGAACGUGGAUGUCAACGCGAUCAGUGUCUCGUACUGUGGGAUCCGACCCAAGCUCAACCGGAAUAGCGGCUCCUCCUUCGGCCAGGCUAAGGAAUGGCAGGACUUUGUGAUCCAGGAGGAGGAGGGGUUCCCCGGGUUUGUGAAUUUGUUGGGUAUUGAGAGUCCGGGAUUGACCAGUAGUUUGGCCAUUGGGAAGCGGGUGAAGGAGAUGCUCUAUUAG